AAUCUGAAUCAAUGAGGAAGUCAGUGGGGUGUGAGGAUUUAAAAUCUGUAAUUAUCGUGAAAAUGAAAGUGUACUCAUAUAAUUCGGAAGUGCUAUAUAUAAAACGUGCAUGAUUUUUUUCCACCAUUUUGUGGGUUUUCUUCUGCGUGUGAACAUGCUCCUGAAAACGAUACUUCUCCUUUGCCUUUUUGGCUACUACAACUGUGCUCCAUCCAAAGAGCAGGACAUGGAACCUGCCUCAACUAAUGUAAAGGAAAUAACGGUUUCAAUUGAGCACAAUUCAGAUGACAGCAACCCAAAAUCUACUGAUGAUUCCAAGAAGAACCCUCUCUCCAAAAGAACAAGGGCCAAUCUUCUUUUAAACUCUAAAGUAGUUUAUCCACCAGGUGCCAAGAGUGCUUCUGCGUUCAAUCAAGGAAUACUCAAGUUUCAGCAACUGUUGGAACUUCCACUGAACGAAACCAAUAGCGAUCUGAUGGAAAUAACAAAUAACAAGUUCGAAGAAGCAUUCAACAAAAGCUCAGAUAUGGAGUCGGAAAUCAAAAAUUCUACUAUUACUGAUGAAAUGGAGACGAAGAAGACCUCGAAUUGUGGCAACUCUACAAUACAUAAAGAAGACGGAGAUUCAUCACUCAAGAUUUUGAAGAAUAAGUUCAUUGAAGAUUUUGGAACUACUGGCGAAAAUAUUUUAGACAUAAUAAGCAAGAAUGGAGAAAACCAAAGUGACAGUAAGGUGAAUAGCACCGAAAAAACCAGUGGAAAAACAUCAAACAAAACAGCAGAUGUUGAAUUCAUUGAACCAGUGACUUUGAAACCCAGCAACGUAUCUGUAAACCAGACUGAAAGCAAAAAGAGUUCUUCUAUUGAGAUCUUGGAUGACGAUAUGGAGGACGAAUCCAAUAGUACAGAUACUAAAACCCAAACUUCUAGAACCAAUCAGACUUCUUCUUAUUUACCAGCAGAAAGAAAAUCAUCAGAUUCGAAGAUUAUCGAGGUCAAACCACAAGAAGUGCAAGAAAUCCCGUUGAACCCAUCAUUCAGGAAUUCAGCUAGGAAAGAAGAUAGGAGUGACGAAGACGAUAUCUCUCAAAACAUCAAGAGAGACAUACUACUUGGCAACUUGAAUCCUUUCUUCUCCAACCCAUCUACUAAUAGUAUCCGUAACACGAAUAGCAUCUUUUUCGAUGACAUGCUCAAAAAAUCUGGAGGACUGAUUGGUCCCAUGAAUCCCUUUGUGAUAAAUUCAAUUUCCUUCGAUGGUUCCAAGUCCAAGUCCAGUACGUCCAGUUCAUUUGGUAGACUCAAGAAUGCACCUAAGAAAUCAUCUGGAUCUGUUAAAACCCUCAAGAGUAUAGCUCUAAGUGAAGAUAAUUCCUCAUCCUCAUUUGGUUCAAAGUUGGGAGGGCAUUCUGCUACUCUUGGUGGAUUUUCUUCCAACUUAGGAAGCUCCCCCAGCUUUUCUAGUUUAGGCAGUCAUUCUUCGAAGAAAGCAAAUCAACCGGCUAGACUAGGAACUUCAACAGUGCGUGGCAGACGUCCUAACUUCUCAAGAUUCCGUAAUAAACCAGCGAAGGCAUCUAAGGGUACUGUAGUAGAGACAGUUUCGAGUAUUCCUCUGGGUGAUGGAAAAGAAGAUACAUCAUCAUCAUUCAAUUUCGCAUCAACUCCGUCUUUUAGCUCUCACAAAUCUUCAGUGAAAACUGUACCGUCACUUCUUUUGAGACAGGAAGAUGAAAGUCCAAAAUUCAGCAGCACAUAUAGAAGUAACAAACCCACUGCUGUCUCAUCAGCUUCGUUCUCCUUCACACCUAGUGGAACAAAAAGUCGAUCUCAUGGUAGAUCUAAAAGUUUUCCAAGUUUCUCAAAACCAAGAUCUCAUUCCAAACCUGUAAAUUCUUACAGCAAACCUCCACCUGCUUCUAAAAGCAGCGACUCAGCUGAAGAAGUUGAAAUCUUGAAGUCAGUAGACUAUUCUUUACCGGAAGAAGUUGGAAAGAGUCUUGCAAAAACUGGACCAGCUAAAUUCAAGAGAACGGCAGGAUUCGAACCCAGAAAAGUUCAGGAUUACAGCAUGCAAGCAUCUGUUUCCGUUGAUCCAAUGUUAUUAAAUUUCGAUAUGUCUCAUAAAUCUCAAGAUCAUACCUUUAAUCCGUACUUGGUUAAUGCACACAUGAAACCAGUGAAGAGAACUACUGAAAGAUCUAGAAGUUUUGAAUUCAGACCCAGCCAACCUGAUAGCAAAACCAGGAAAGUUAAGGAGUUCAGUCUGGACCAGCAGAAAAAAACAUAUUUCCAACCUUCUCUACGAUUUAAAACAAUCACAGAAAUACCGCUCAUAGAUACAGAUAUGUUCGAUGGGUCUGAUUACGGUUCAGAAGAAGACGGUGCUGAAAAUCUACAGACCUUGGAAAAUUUCGAAAAUGAUAUGAUUUUCAAGCCAUAUUUUGCCACCAACUCCCCUAAGAGUUUCCAUAUGAGCCCAACAGAAAAGAGUGGAAGAUCUCCUAGGAGUUUCAAUAUUCCAGAAGUCAACUUUUUCGUUACACAGUCACCCAGGAGUUUUCAGAUGCCAGAACCAUCUACCUACAAGUAUUUCGGUAAUGUCCAUAUGAUAGAUUUGUCGUAAUUUCGGCUCAAAUAGUUAGUUUUAAUUGUAUUCAUACGUCGACGAAAGUGAACCGCAGAUAAGUAACGAUUAUAAAACCAAAGAGUAAAAUUGAUGUGAGGUUUGUCGAUAGGAAUCAUUUUUACUGUUGGUUUUUCAGGAGGAAUGUGUUUCCUUGAACUUUCAUAGCAGAGAUGAAGUUUAUGUUGGAUGAUAUGUCGCUUAGGUUGCAAGAAUUUUAAGAUAUUUGUGAGAAUACCAUGUAUAGCUUCUGUACAAGAAUGAUAUUUUAAUAAAAUCAUGAAAAUAUUAA